AAAGACAUAUACAUUGAGUGUAUUUCCAACAACACCCACAAUAAAAAAUGCUAUUAGAUAAUAACGGCAAAACUGUAUUGCGGCAGCAUUCAAUGAAUCAGCAGCAACUUGUAACGACGAUAUUGUUGUUGUAGCCAUUUUCAAUUGUUUGAAAUUUCGAUAACUACUACAAAUAAUGAAAAGCGAAACGGAAAGCAAGUUCAAGGAAAAUCUUUCAGAUUAAACCACUGCACAUGACUCACGAGGAAAGGUCCCCAACUGUCAACUCGCUUUUGAGCUCUGAGCUAGUGGACAAUAGGUAAUCAAACAUGUUGAAUCCGACUAUGACAAGCAUUUGGGCUUCUAGGCCUCCAGAGAUCCGGUUUUUGAAAAACCAGUUUUCUAGGUCAAGAACGUUUUUUUUCAAAAAGUUUUCUGAUCUGUCCAGAUUGUAGAGCAUAUCAAGAACCCUAGGAAAAACAUAUCUUUUAAAUUUUUGUAAGGGCUUUGAAAUGUUUUUCAAGGGCAAAACUAAGAUUCUGUAAAGGCAAAAUUACUUUUCUUGUCUUUUGUUACCUUUCAAUAAAAAAUAAAUGAUAAUUGGGUAAACGACUACAGAGAUUCCGAGUAUAACCAGUAGGUACUAGAAAGGAAUAACCAAAAGCUAUCAGUUUUACUUUCGCAGAACGUUUGCCUCUGGGGGGCCUAGGUUCUUAUUCAAAGGUGUUUCUGGUUUACGUUCUUUACGUCUUUUAACUGGAGUCAUCAUGAUUGUUAGGAGGGGACCUUCCAUCUUUCCUUCUCUCAUCACAUUCAUUCUUAACACGGGGUGGGAUCUGACAUCACUACCAGACACAGCUAUGCCAUCCCGCUUCACAAUACUCUGCACACCUCUCUCUCUCUCUCUCUCUCUCUUCUCUUUUUGUUGUUUUGUAUGCAAGUCAGUUGUCGGUUUUUAACGACUCGUACAUAUAUUACGUAGUCAUAAGGCAGCUAUGUUCCCUAUAUAUACAGGGCUUUGAAAAUGGUCGAGUUCUUUGUUUUCUCUUUUUUAUCCUGUCCUCUCUUUUCCUUCGGUAAAGACAGCCUCACAGAUGAACGUUUCGAAUAUAAUCAAUCGCUUGUGCGAUUUAGUCCGUAACAAUCUGGGUUUGGCCUCGUCAUCUCCAACGUCUCAAAAAGAGUGCGAAGUGGCAGAUGGUUUAUUUGAAACGAUCAAAUCUGUCAAAGAUGCCACAGCAUGUCACUAUACAAAGGAAACCACGCUGGACGUGGAUGAUGACCCUUUGGAUUACUCGAGUGGCAGCGAAGAAGAAGAGGGUGAAUCGGAGGAAGAGGCUCAUGGGCGAUCUCCAACGAUGGGCACUGGAAGAAGCAUCCAAGAGAUGACGUUAGUUUGUCCAUCGGUUCACGUAUUCAUCUUUGCACCGUCAUCCUCUAUUAGUCUUCAAUAUCAAGAAACUAAAAUGUCUGGAUAUUCUUGA